AUGUCCUCAGAAGACAUCGUGUUCGACCCACGUGGCGAUGUCAAACCUUGCGUUGGGGAAACAGACCCUGUCACCUUAACAGCCUGUUCAAGAGCUUUGGCUAGAGCAUCGCCAGUCUUUGAGCGUAUGCUCUUUGGGUCGUUCAUGGAGUCGAAACCAUCAAAUGGCGGAGACUGGAUUGUGGAACUCCCAGAGGACAAACCAAAAGCAUUAUCCAUCUUUCUACACAUAUCACAUGGCCAGUUCGAUCAAGUGCCCCGAGCGUUAUCGAUAGAUGACCUGUACGACCUUACGGUGCUGUCAAACUACUAUGAUGGCACACAUAUGCUGGAACCCUGGGUCGGAAGAUGGAUGUCAUUGGUUGAGGAUGAUACAGAGGCGUCAAAGGUCUCCAUGACCAAGAGCUUAUGGAUAGCAUGGGAGUUUGGUCGGAAGGACUCAUUUUGCCGAAUAGCAAGAAGAAUGCUGAUGGAAUCCGACGGUUCCGAAGAUCCGCAUCUCGGAAUGCAGCCAGAUAUUAUAGAAAACUCGUCAAUGAUUUACUUGUCGUUGACGAGAAGCCCCGCUGGUGUCGGCAUGCAGAGUGGAUGGGACCGCACCGCUGCGAAUCCAUGA